AUGGCCGGACACUCCCCCUCGACCCUGCCCUUGUCAGGAGAUGAAUGCGAAGAGGAACCUGUACUUCCGCUGGACCCCCGUACCGCCAAGAUCACCUUGAUGUACGUCGUCGUCGUACCUUCCAUCAUUGGAUAUCUCGCCUACAAGACCGACGGACUUUGGGAUCUCAGGGCGAAGAGGAGAGGAGAUACCAUCUACGAGCGAUAA